CUUUAACCCCAUCAUACACAUUCAUUCACUCAUUCACAAUGGCUAAAGGUCUCAGGUCAAAGUCCGCUCGCAAAUUCCGUGCUAUCAAGCGUGAAACUGUUUUUGGUCCUGUAGAAACUGCUCGUGUUCACCGUUUGGCUGAACGCUUGAAGAAGGAUGCUCAAGGCCCAAAGACUUCUGAGCUUGAGGCUAUUGCUCGAGGCGAGGAACCGAUGCAAGUCGAGAAGAGUAAGAAAAACAAAAGAAAAAAGGCCUACUCUCUUAUCUAACGAACCAAUCGAUCUCUUAGAAAGUAGUUACAAGAGUUUUUUCUAUUUGAAAGAAUUAUUGAGUAGAAUUGAAUGCUGCUUUGCUUUCAAAUGGAUUCAUUACUUUUUGUUUAUUUGGGGAGGUUCAUAUCCGUCUGGGAUUCCUUGUUUGGAACUGCAUCGAAGUUUGCCUUAUUUUUUUUUUUUUUUGGGGAC